AUGUCAACAAAUUUUUCCGUUAACUUAGAAGCCUUGGCAACGCGGACGGAGUCGGAGGAGGCACGUCGUCUCAGAGCAGACAGUCGGCUCAAGAGGGAGGUCGAAAAUCUCAAAGCCGACCUUGCCGCGCACAGGCGCGAGUUCCAAGACAUGCGGGUCGCCAUGCGAGCUUCUAUGCUGGAGACCUCCGCGGAAGCAUCACUUCGACCGCUAUUAUUGGAUGGGGACAUGCUGGACGAUCUGAAGCGCUCGAUAAUCACCUCGGUUAGCACCAUGGUGAACGCCCGUCUUGAGGCGAUCGAGGAGCGCCUGCUUCCUCCGGUGGUCCAUCGCCCCCCUCUGGCGGCUGACCGACGGAGAACAGCCGAUGCGGAUGAGGCUAGGCCAAUCAUGGUCCUUUCUCCAUUGGUAGACAAAAGGCCCGUGAAACCGCCGGCGAAGCCCAAGCCUCCAAAGCCACCGACACGAGUGUCGGUGGUGCCCGCAGUGGUGUCCAAGCCGAACAGUGGCCAACGAAAGCUAGUGCCUGGACCACUGCAAGCUGGGAAUGCCUCCCCAGCAGCAGAGGCUUCCUCCGUAGCCCAAGAAAACUGGAUCACGAUAGAAAAGAAGAAGAAGAGGAGGAAAAGAAAGAAGAAAUCCUCAGCUGACAAGGGCACUAGUGCCACGCCUGUACCCAGCAAGUCUGCCGCGGUGGUAAUAAGUCUGCUGCCUGAAGCGACACAGAAAGGCGUGACCUAUGCGCAGGCGCUGGCUGAAGCGGAGGCACGCGUUGACCUGGCGGGGCUAGGCAUAGAGGGUGUCAAGUUCCGCCAGGUGCACUGGCAGCCGACCGGCUGGCGGAACAGCUCCGCCCUGUACUUGACGGACUGGCCAGCGUCACCCGACCCACAAAUACUGCGGAUAUCCGCAUCUCGGGUCUUGACGACUCAGAAGGUGGCCGCUGCGGUGGUAAGGACUGGGCAGUGCACAACAGACCUGGUCAAAGUCCUGGAGAUCCGCCCUGGCCCAGGCGGGAUGGGUUCUGUGAUAGUGCAGUGCCCAAUAAGCACAGCCAAGACGCUGGCUGAAGCGGGGAGGAUACUGGUCGGCUGGAGCUCUGCUAAGGUACAAGCCCUAGAGCAGCGCCCGCUCCGCUGUUAUCGGUGCCUUGGCCUUGGCCAUACGAGGCCUAUGUGUACUUCGGGCAGCAGUCGUGAAGACCUGUGCUUUCGAUGCGGCAACGAGGGCCAUCAGGCCUCCAACUGCAAAGGCGUGCUGCGCUGCGCGGUCUGUGCCGACGCCGGACGUCCAUCGGACCACCGCAUGGGGGGGAGGAGCCGCAAACCACCUCCCAUGAAACGAAAAGCGUCGAAUCUUAACCACUGCGCCGGAGCUCAAGAUCUGCUCCUGCAGUCCAUGGCGCAGUGGCAAAUAGACUUAGUGGUGACCUGCGAGCCGUAUUACAUCCCUGCUCAUGAAAACUGGACAGGGGGCCUGGACGGCCUAAUAGCGGUCGUGAGGAACGGCAUGGGCCCCCCUCUCACCACUCUGGAAAGGGGCUCAGUGUAUGUAGUGACUGGGUGGGGGGAGUACAUAAUAAUUGGAACGUACUUCUCCCCCAACCGCUCCCUGGCGGAGUUUGAGACAUUUCUUGACUCCGUCAGGACAGCGGUGUUGCGACAAGCGCCAAGACAAGUUAUUGUCCUCGGCGAUCUUAAUGCGAAGUCGCAAGCGUGGGGUAAUCUCGUCUCAGACGCGCGAGGUGGUGCUGGAGGGUCCGUAGUGGACGUCUCGUUCGCUACUCCCGCGGUCGCGCUCAGGACCAGAAACUGGAGAGUGGUGGAGGACGUGGAGACCUUGUCGGACUACCUAUAUAUCCGUUUCGAGGUCUCCGCGGUCCUUGGACAUUCCGCCCCGAUUCGUAGACCGAAUCGCUUCACACGCUGGGCGCUAAGUUGGCUGGACCGGGAGAUGGUCGAGGAAGCUGCCAUAGUACAGCGCUGGUUCUUUGCUGGAGUGAGAGAGGGCGUCACCGCCGACGAUUUGGCGAGCCGCCUGCAUACUCCUCUAACUGCAGUGUGA